CGCAACAUAAAAGAAUAUGGUUUAUAGAUCUAUUUAGUUUGUUGUUUUUUUGUGCCUCUGUGCAGUUAGUUCCAAGAGAGUUAAAGUGUCAUAAUUGCAAGUAGACAACAAGAGCUACAUAGUACAUAGACUACAUGCCUCAUUACUACUAAUGUGUAUGUGAGCAACUGACGCCUCGCUCCGGAUCAUUGGUCUAAAAAUACUGUUGGUAUGAAUACGUCAUCUGUCCAGCUACACACGUGACUGAAUGAUGUGGACACUAACGGUUGACUCCAAUGUUCCCAUACAAACCCCGGACCACUCUUUUGUGUGUGAGUCACAUCUGGGUACAGUAGACAUGCGCAGUGAUGUGGAUGAACUGCUGAGCUCCCCGUCUCCUGCCAGGCCACAUACACCAACUGCCGCCAGCCGUCUGCCUCCGUCUGGUCGUCUGGCGCGCUCGCUGUCGUCUAGAUCUGCUAGUCCCAGUUACCGCCAGAAACAGAUUUUGAGAGGAGAAGAAGAAUGGAGGAAGGCGCUGGAGAAGGCGGUGGAUGAGCCGGAAAAUGAGAAAUAUCACAAUUCAAGUUUAGAUGCAGGAAUGAGUUCACCAGCUGCCUAUGACAACAGACUCAAAAAUAUUCCACUGAAAGCCCUACACACUCAUCCUGAUGCUGAAAGUGGUAACAGCAACAGUUUUAACACUUCCGGUGUCCAGGACAUGAAAUCUAGUCUUCCCUCAAGGCUCUCCAGGUCAAGCUCAAUGUCACGCCUUAACCGCCACAGUGCUGGAGACCUCCCACCCCACCUGGGCAGCCGAUCAUUUCUUAGUGGAUCAACUAACUCAGAAAAAUCAGCGCAAGAACUUCAGACUGCACUGGAUGAAAGUGAGUCUCGUCGCAAUACUCUAAUGCACAAACUCAAAGAGGCUCAGACAACUUUAGAUCUUCAAAAUGAGCGGCUUGGUAAAAUAGAGUCUGCAGCCAAAGAGAAUAAUGCAAUGGUAGAAGAUCUCAAAUUUAAAGAGAGGGAAUAUAGAAAAAAAAUAAAUCAGCUGGAGUCAGCUGAAGAAGAAAAGCAAAAAUUAAAGAUGGAAAAUUUGCGACUUCGAGAAGAAAUGCAGGACAGAAUUAGUGCGCUAGAUUUCCAGCUAAAAAGUUUGAAGAGCCAGCACCACAGUACUGAGAGUGAUAAUGAUAAGAGGGUGCACCUUCUUAACCACACCACCACCAUUUUAUCUCUCUUAGAGGAGGAGAAUACAAAACUACAGCAGGACAAAGAAAAAUUGCAGUCAGAAAAUGCUUUGAUGAAAGAAGCCUUUGGUAUGACAAAAACUAGGUUUGGGACUUUGGACAAUGAUAACAGAAAUCUUACAAAUGAAUGUAUACGAUUAAAAGAAGACAACACAGUAUUAUCUAGAAAAGUUCAAGAAAUGGCUGGUCAAAUGAUGGAACUGCGGAGUUUACUGCAAGCUGUGAGGGAUGAGAAUGAACGUCUCUCUUCCACCUGGAGACACUCUACUGAAGACAAAGUUCAAGCUGCCAAGCAAGUUGAAAGCUACAAAGACAUGCUGACUGAUCUAAAAGCCAGGCUUUCUGCAACCAGUGCUGAUCGUGACAGAUUGUUUCAAGAGAAACUGGAGAUGAGCAGUAGGAUACAGCAAAUGGUCCUGGAGAAGGAACAGCUAAUGAGGGCCAAGCUGAGCCUUGAAGAUCAAAUUGGUGCCCAGCAGAUUAGAUAUAGCCCUCACAAACAUAGAAAACAAAAUGUAGAUAAUGGUGAUCUGAAUGCAGAGCUGACAUCUGUUAAAAAGGUGUGUGAAGAGCUCACAUCAGAACUCUCUUCUGUGAAAGUUUCCUAUGAGCGUGCCUUAGAACAAGUCUCAGUUCUAGAAAGAAGCAAAGCAAUUUGGCAAUCCCAGCAAGAAUUAUUAAACCAGGAGAGAUUGAGACUACAAUCUGAGUUAGACAGAUCAACACAGGUGAAAAAUGGUAAAAGCAGUGAUGAGAGCAAAGACAGAAAUUUUCAAGAUGAGAUAAUUCAGAGGCUCAGGGCAGAACUGAAACAAGUCAAGUAUGAAAGAAACAAUAUAGAAAGUCGAGUACAUGAGUUAGAAACUAAAUUAGCUAGAGCCAAUGAAGGGCUGAGGGAGGAGUCUUUAUUCCAAUACUCUGAGCUUGAUACAUGGAAAAGUACAUGUGAGAGACUAACAUCCACAGUAAACAGAAAGGAGUCAGAGUUACAGAACCUGACAGACAGAUGCCAUGAAAUGGAGGAUAUGGUGACCAACUUGCGCCAUGAACUACACAUUUUCAAAGAUAAAAGUAAAGUUCUUUCAUUCAAAGAGGAAGAGGCAGAGAGAAUUAAAGCUGAAAAUAGAAGAUUGCUACAAGAAAAAGCUGAAAAUGAACAAAUGAUUAAACUUCUAGAAACACAAAAAUCAGUGCUCGCAAAAAAUUCAGAAGAUGGUAUACACAAAUUUAGGGAGGUUGGGAAUCAAAGCUCACAUGUGGACAAACUCAAAGAUGAAAAUGAAACAUUACGGAGAAGAAUCAAAGAGUUGGAAAUAGUCAGAGAUAACUUAGUUCAGCAAAAAGAACAAAUGUUGAAUAAAACUGGCUUCUUAAGUAACAAUGUGGGAUUCCUGAGUAGUAGUUUAGGCUUGGAAGAACUUGAGAAGAAAAACAAAGAACUGAAGGAAACCAAUGAAAGUUUAUCUUAUAAGCUUAACCUCGCUAAUCAGGAAAAUAAAAGGAUAAAAAAGACUUUGAGCAGCCCAUCUUCCAAAAAUGAAGCAGAAAGACUGAAAGAGGAGAAUCUGAAACUUCAGGAUGAAUUAAAUAGGAUUAAACAAGAUUUUGAAAAUGUAUCCUCAAAACAAGAGAAACCAGACAUGGUGAAGCUGCAGAAAGAGAAGGACGCUGUACAAAAACAGGUCACUUUACUGCAAGGUCAAAUCCACCUCAUGGAAGGCAGCAAAAAAAGGGCAGAUGAAGAAAUCAAACAGUUGAACUCUGAACUUGAUGAGGUCAGGUCUAAAUAUAUCCAAGUCAAUAAUGAGAAAGGUUUACGAAAUUUGUUUGGUGAGGACCAUGUGAGAGAAAUACAAGAGCUGAAACGACAGCUGGAGAAAUCUGAAGAAAUACAGAAAAAUCAAGAACAAGUCAUUCACAACUUGAAACAGGAACAAAAAGUAGAUGGUAAUACGGAGGUGGCUGAUUUGAAGAAGAACAUACAAGAGCUUCAAAAUGAAGUUGACAGAAAAGAAAGAAGCAUAGAAAAACUUGAAAGGGAAUUGAAGUCAACUAAAGAAUUGUCUGAGUCAAAGGAUAUUGAACUAAGGAAUCUGUACAAAACUGCAGAAGAGAUAGAAGCUGAUAACAAAGCUCUAAGGAAAGAUGUGCAAGAGAUAAGAAACACAUUAGCUGCUGAACUAGCACAGGAACAGCAAGCUUUAAAACAGCCUAAAGUGGAAAAGUCUUUGCAAGAAGAAUUAUUUGAGGCUGUAAAAAAUAAACAGGAGGGUAACGUAGUGAUAAGACGAGGGUCAAAUCCAUUUAGAAGCAAGUCCAUCCACAGUCUUCAAAGACCUGCCAGCGCACCCCCAACUCCAAGCGAUGAAGGUAAAACCCAGCACAAAGGUCAAUUUGGAACCUUAUUUUUUAACUUACCAGAGAAAACCACCACAGAUGGCAGCACCCGUCUCCAAUCUCUAAUCUCCAAGUAUCGUAACCAUAGUGACGCUGGGGAACAGGAAGAAGCCAGCGCUACACCCAAACCAAUACCAGGUCUCAUCCCUUCCAAAAUCAUCUACAAAAAUAGAUUCGGCAUCACUGCCCCAAAAUCUUCUCCCCAAACAUCUGCAGACGCCUCAACAUCAGAGUCUGCGUCUGCUGAAAAACCAGAAGAGACUUUAAAUUCCUCAUCUCAGCUUACUCCAAGACCGGUGAAGAAGCUGAUGCCUCCAGCUCUCUUACCUAAACCAGCAUCACUAACAUCCUCCGGCACCAAGUCCUCCUUCAUGCGGACCAUAUCAGGUGAAAGUAAAGAACCAACAACCAAGGCACCCUCCCCUCUGAUGUCUCUUAGAUCUUCCUCAACUUCAAGCUUGAAGAGCUCUGGGCUUGGCCAGUCUCUGGGAAACACUGAAGGAUUGAAUGACAGUCUGGAACAAAAGGACAUCAAUGCAUUGAUACAAAAGGAAAUAAAGGACAAGUUUGACGAAAUGGCCUCGUUUUGAAAGCGGACACGACGUACAGAUUUUAAACGGGUAUUUGAAAGUCCUCGAGACGUAGCUCCUGACUGCGUCAAUGUUCCCGCCCAUAGUUGACAGCCGGAAGUAAACAACACGACGAUUGGUGCGUGAUGACUGUAUCCAAACCUCAAUAAUCCCAACUUACCGCAAUAAUCCCAACAAACCUCUGUAAUCACUAAUCCCAACAACUCAAUAAUCCCAACAACUCAAUAAUCCCAACAACUCAAUAAUCCCAACAACUCAAUAAUCCCAACAACUCAAUUAUCCCAACAACUCAAUAAUCCCAACAACUCAAUAAUCCCAAGAACUCAAUAAUCCCAACAACUCAAUAAUCCCAAAAACUCAAUAAUCCCAACAACUCAAUAAUCCCAAAAACUCAAUAAUCCCAACAAACUCACCAAUCCCAACUGAUCCCAGUAAUCCCAACAUACCUCAUUAAUCCUAACAUACCUAAGUAAUUCCUACAAACCUCACCAAACCCUACAAAUUCCCAAAUCCAAACAAACCUCAAUAAUUCCAACAUGUAACAUUUACUAGCUACGCCAAAAUGUAUAACUUUGAUGUAUUGUGAAAUAAUUAAUUAAUACGUCUAGUGGUAUAAUUUAAUUAUGUAUCUGUAUGAAAUAAUGUAUCAAUCCGUCCAAAUAUGUUAUUUUAAUAUUUUUAUUAUGUAUCCACGUCCCACGAUGAAUUAAUUUAUCAAUACUUCCAAAUGUGUAAUUUAAGUAUUUAUCUGUAUGCAGUAAUGUACCGAUACGUCCAAAUAUAUCAUUUACUUAUGUAUCCACAAUGAAAUAAUUUAUCGAUUACUUUGUUCCAUUUUAGUUUCCCAUAUAACAAACACGUAUCACACAAAUGUCUGGCAGAUGUGCUCAGCUCACAAAACUGUUAACAUUAAUGUACAUUUAAUCAUUAAGAUAAACAUUGUAUGUAUGCUAUCACUACUAACUCAAGCCUUAGUUAAGCUCAGUGGCGUAGCGAGGUCGGGUGUCACCCGGUGCGGCACUUAAUGGUGUCACCCCCCAUAGGCGUAGCGACCCUUCCCGGGGACAAGCUUUCAAAUUUUCGAUUUGCACCUCCCCCUCAAACUUUCGAUUUUCACCCCCCCCCCUCAAGUUUUCGAUUUGCACCCCCCUCAAACUUUCGAUUUGCACACCCCCUCCCUCAAGUUUUUCUCUAUAUAUUUUGCUAUUUUUUGCCUUGG